UCUGCAGUUAUGGAGGGAGGAACGUUGAGAUAGUCAUCUGAUUGGAUCAAACAUUAUUAUCAUUAAAUUAGUAGCACUUUUUAAUGACAUAAUAUAUCGUAUAAGAGCUUCAACAUUAUUUGUAUACAGAAAUCCAUCUGUUCAUGUAAUGUGAUUGCGCAAAGUGCUGUCCUCUACUUCCAACAACACUUUGACCUCUUCCACUCUCAUGGGCUCACACUUUUUUGCUGAGCACAAAGAUGAUGGGCCCAGGGCACUGAUCUGGACAGCUGUACAAAAGCUGGACUUCAGCCUGAAGGAUCCUAACAUGUCACAUUUUGAUACUGUUUGUUAGCAACUCGGCAGAUCAUAAAAGUCCUGUGAUUGUUAGUUCAAACAUUAACUAGCAGGAUGAGACUCACGUUGACUAUUGGUGGUUGGACGUUGCUUUAAGCUAGAUGUUCCUCUGUCCCACGCUGCACUCUGAGGACACACAGAUACCAACAUGAGCAACUUUGGGCAGAUCCUGAAGGAGAUUGGGGAGUUUGGUUCAUUUCAGAAACGUUUAGUUGCUGUAUUAUGCAUUCCCAGCAUUUUUGUUGCAUUUGAUGUGAUGGGUCAGGUGUUUACAGGCAUGAACUUCCCACAUCACUGUAACACUGACUGGAUCUUGAACCAAGGACCCAACCUGACAGAUGAGAGACAGAGAAAUCUCACCAUCCCUGUGAACGCAGAUGGAAAGUAUAAGAGCUGUGAAAUGUUCACACCUGUGGAUUUGGAUUUGGAAAUUAUUGAAGCAUAUGGAAUUAACACAACAACAGGAUGCAUAAAUGGAUCAGAUUACGUGGCACCCAAAGGUGCCUCCAGCAUUGUGACAGAGUUCGACCUGGUCUGUGACAGGAGCAGUUUCAUUGAGGUAUCACAGUCCAUCUACAUGGCCGGCCUUCUGGUUGGAGCGUUGGUGUUGGGGCAGAUGGCUGACAGGUUUGGUCGACGCUUUGUGGUCCUCCUUUCACUACUUCAGCUACUGCUGUGUGAUGUCGCUGCUGCCUUCUCACCCAACAUCUAUGUUUACAUCGUUCUCAAAUUCUUAGGUGGCAUCUCAAUUUCUGGCAUUCUUACUAAUGUAUUUGUCAUAGGUGGAGAAUGGAGUGAUUCUUCUAAGUUUGCUCUCUGCACCAUUAUUUGCCACUCUACUUUCCCUCUUGGACUGAUGAUGAUGUCUGGUAUUGCCUAUUUGAUCCGUAACUGGAGGAUCCUGCAGCUGGUCCUCUUCACUCCUAUGGUCCUUGUCCUGGGAAUCUUUUACUGGAUUCUUCCAGAGUCAGCUCGCUGGCUCAUCACCCAGGGCAAGAAGAAGGAAGCAAUAAAGGAAAUCUGCAGGGCAGCUAAGGUGAAUGGGAGGAAGGUGCCAGGAGACUUAUUAGAUAGGCUGGAGGUUGUGGGAGCAUCAAAUAGAGGAACCAUGUUGGACAUCUUCAGGAUAUCUUAUCUGAGGAAACGUGCUCUUGUAAUGAGCUUUGUCUGGUUUGGAACAAGUCUGAUGUACUACGGUCUGAGCCUGAAUGUUGGCAAUUUUGGUCUGGAUAUCUACCUCACGCAGUUCAUCUUUGGUGUAGUGGAGAUUCCUGCACGUCUGGGCUCUUUACCACUCAUGCAGCACUUUGGGAGGAGAAUAUGUCAAGUAGGGGUGCUAGUUUUGGGAGGUUCUGCUUGUCUCGGGAUACUUGCUAUUCCAAAAGAUCUUCCUGUAGUGGUUACAGUCAUUGCUGUUUUAGGAAAAUUUUCCGCAACUGCUUCUUUCUCCAUCGUCUAUGUUUAUACUGCGGAACUAUACCCUACCGUUAUAAGGCAGAAUGGUUUAGGUCUGAACUCCAUGUGUGCUCGUGUGGCGGGCAUCCUCGCUCCCCUGGUCAGACUCCUGGACGUCUACCAUUACACCAUCCCCAUGUUGAUAUAUGGCAUCAUCCCCAUUGCUGCAGGAGGUUUCUGUUUACUACUGCCUGAAACCUGCAAUGUUGAACUCCAGGACCACACUGAACUCAGAGAACCUGAGAAUGGGGCUGCUGAGAAUGUAUCUGUAUCAGGACCGAGCACAAAAAUGUAAUUUAUUUUGGCAAAAUGUUUUUACAGUCUUUCAUAUCAGCAGAAGUAGUGUGCUUCCUCUCAACUGAUAUGAUGGUAAAAGUAAUGCAUUAGUACGCAGUUAAACAGAAUACAAAACCUUUCGAGAAUCACAUUUACAUAUUAUAUUUCUAUGUUUCUAUUUGUUUAACUUUUGUUUUAACUUUCCCUUGAAACUCAGUUUAAGUAUUGCUGAAGUUAUAGACUGAUAACUGGAGUUAGUAUUUAUGUAGCAUUUAUUUUUGUGCAGUAUAUUUGCAAGUACUCGUGUUAAUUGUGUUAAUCUUUUUUCUGUUUUUUGUUAAUAGAUAAAGAAAUUAUGUUUUA